AGGUAAGGGGAAGGGAAGUGUUGUCGAUCCGUGACAUGAAUGAACCAUGUUCGGUAACGGAGGCUUCGCUCUCCCGGUGUGCUCCUUCCUCCUGCUGCACCUCCCGGUCCUCCCGCUCAACAACAACAACUGGCACGGCAAGGACAGAAGUGGAGGGAGGGUGGAGCAGCAGCAGCGGGACUCCCCUUCACCGCCACACAGUGUUGGAGGACAGAAUGGGAAACAGACAAGCGACAAGGAGGAGGUGUUUCAGUGGUGGGGGGAGUGGUCCAGUUGGUCCUCUUGUUCCAGGAGCUGUGGAGGAGGAGUGAGGAGUCAGGAGAGACACUGUCUCAUACAGAGGCUGUCCACUACCCAGAAUGUAAACAGCUCUUAUUGUGUCGGCUCUCCUAAACAAUACCAACUCUGUCCUAACCAG